CAGCAAAGAGCUGCUGUUGCAGCCUGUGAUCAUCAGCAGAAAUGAGAAGGAGAAGGUCCUCAUCGAGGGCUCCAUUAACUCUGUGCGCGUCAGCAUCGCAGUGAAACAGGCCGAUGAGAUUGAGAAGAUCUUGUGCCACAAAUUCAUGCGCUUCAUGAUGAUGAGGGCCGAGAACUUCUUCAUCCUGCGCAGGAAGCCUGUGGAGGGCUACGACAUCAGCUUCUUGAUCACAAACUUCCACACGGAGCAGAUGUACAAGCACAAGCUGGUGGACUUUGUCAUCCACUUCAUGGAGGAGAUUGACAAAGAGAUCAGUGAGAUGAAGCUCUCUGUCAAUGCCAGGGCUCGCAUCGUGGCAGAGGAGUUCCUCAAGAAUGUGAGGCUUUGAACCAGGAGGAGAUGGGUCCCU